AUGGACGGCUACGCAUCGUGGUUCCUUACGGCCGUCGCGUCGGCGUGUGCGAUGCAUGGCCUCCUCGAACGGGUGUGCGUGGCCCGCGACGAGAAGGUCGGUGUCUAUGGCUUCAUCUUCUUCAAGGACGGCGAGUGGGUGCCCGUGCUUAUUGACGACCAGCUCUUUGUGUCGGAAACGGACUUUGACCACGCCUACACGGGCGGGAUUGCCAUGACCAAGACGACCUUCAACGCGACGUUUCGCUCCGGCUCGUCGAGUCUAAGCUUUGCCAAAGCCGCGUCGCCCAACGAGACGUGGCUGCCGCUCCUCGAGAAAGCGUACGCGAAGCUCCAUGGCGACUACAAGUCGAUCGAGGCGGGAUUGACGGGCGAAGCGCUUGAAGACCUCACGGGCGGUGUCACGACGCGAACUUAUCUGAAAGACGUCUCGGACCAUGACGCGCUGUGGCAACACGAUCUCGUUGGCCAUCUCCACGUCGACGCGCUCUUUGCCGCAUCGAUUGAGACCAAACACUCGUACCCGGACUUGGCCUCGAGCAAUGGGUUGCUGCACUUGCACCCGUACGCGGUGCUGCGCGCGGUCGACGUUGGUGGCCACCGACUUGUCCAGCUGCGCAAUCCGCAGAAAGGGCAGGAAUGGACCGGCGACUGGUCGGAUAGCUCGGCGCUCUGGACCGCCGAGAUGAUCCACGCGCUUGGCCACAGUGGCGGGGACGACGGCUGCUUCUGGAUGUCCUGGACGGACUUUCUCGACGAGUUUACGCACCUCGAACGCACGUGGGUCGAUGACGCCGCCACGUCACUCGCUGUGCGCCCGAGUCCGUGGGUGGCACUGCGCGCGGAAUGGCCGGCGACGUGGCAGCCGUCUGUCUUUACGUUUGAAGGCCCCGACGUGCUCUCACGGGUCACGGUCGUGCUGCAGCAAGCCGACACACGCCGCUUUGUGGGCCUCGAAGGUCGCUACAAGUUUGGACUUCGCUGCGCUUUGUACCGCAGCCCGGACGCCACGACCAACAAGAAGCGAGUCCUCGUCGGCCAAUAUACCCAAAACGCCUUCGACCGCAGCGCCAGCCUGCAAGUCGUGCUCCGCCCGGGUCAGUACGAGCUCGACGUGAUGGUUCUCCGCACUGCCUCGGGGCGCGCGUCGAUCGAGGAGGUCAUUGCUGACGUCGGCGCGUCGCGGCCCGAGAAGCUCCGACAGCGCUGUGAAGCCGUGGAUGCGAGCCGCGCCCGCGCCAAGAGUGAUGUGCGCGUGCUCGCGAUGGCGGCUGCGACGCAACACACCGCGUACGAGCGCGCGCGGGCAACGACAGGGAGCGCGCAAGAGGAUGGCAGCCUCGAAGGGUCGGUGGUUGUCGGCCUCCGCCUUUUGUCAAAAGCCGUUUAA